AUGUCUGUUACGAGGUCACAUAAAGCUUUACUGGACGCUGACUUCAAGAACGACAUUAGUACAUUGAUUAAAGAUGAAAUUAUCGAGGUGAUGAACAGCGAAGAGAUGAAAAGUGCUAUAUCAAAUCAGGUGAAACAACUGAUUAAAAGCGAACUUAAUUCUAUUGUAAAACCGCUCGAAGAUGAUCUUGCAUCCAUUAAGGCUGAAAAUUCUCGCCUUCGUGUUGAACUAUUAAACAUAAAGAAACAGAAUGCAACCCUUUCACUACACGCAAACGCAAAUGAACAAUACUCUAGGAAUAUAUAA